UACGUGCUUCCAGCCCUCUCGCGGACACCUUUCUGCUCCCCGGCGCCGCAGCUAACGCAGGCCAGGUGCGGCGACAGGAUGCUGGAGACGCGGUUAUGGGCGGUGCGGGCGGUGAUGGUGGUGGCGCUGGUGGGGGCGGCGUGCGAAGCGGUCAUCAAGAACCCGCCCAUGAUGACCAAGCAACCGCCGCCCAACGACGAGAUCCUCUUCCACGUGGCCUCGAGGCAGGACGAGAACGACAAGCCAUUCCUCAUCGAGUGCGAGGCCGAGGGGGAACCCGCGCCCAGGUAUGCAUGGAUCAAGAACGGAAAGGAGUUUAACUGGCAGACCUACGACAACCGUAUCUCCCAGCAGCCGGGGCGAGGCACCCUGGUCAUCACCUCCCCCAGGGAUGAAGAUCUUGGCCAGUACCAGUGUUUUGCCACCAAUGAGCUCGGCACGGCUACAUCCAACUCUGUGUUUGUUCGCAAGUCUGAACUGAACAGCUUCAAAAAUCAGGACCCUCAGACAGAGGAGGUCAACGAGGGUGAUCCAGUUUCCCUCAGCUGCCAGCCCCCGGACGGCUACCCCAAACCCUCUGUUUACUGGAUGAUUCAGGAUGACCAAGGAGCGCUUCGUAGCAUCAACUCCUCCAGGAUGACAGUUGACCCUGAGGGCACUCUGUGGUUCUCCAAUGUGACCCGCUUUGAUGAAUCCAAUGACUUCACAUAUGCCUGCUCUGCAACCUCUGCGUUCCGUAAUGAGUACAAACUAGGAAAUCGUGUGUACCUGCGUGUGUUGCAGACAGGAAGUACAGCCGUCCAGACCAAAAAUGAACCUGAGGAACAGUUUAAGUCCCGCAGAAAUACUGUCAUCCUUAAGGGCAGGACACUACAACUUUGGUGCAUCUUCAGUGGAACUCCCCUCCCAGAGAUGCGGUGGAAGAAGAGCAACAGCACCCACUUUCCACAUGAACGAGUGGACUAUGAGAAUUAUGGCAAGACUUUAGUCAUCCACUAUGUUGAUUUUGAGGAUGAGGGAAAUUAUGAGUGUGAGGCGAGUAAUGGAGUUGGUGUGGCCAAGUCUUACUCCAUGAACGUUGAGGUGCAAGCCAUCCCAUACUUCGAAGUGGAGCCUGAAGUGGCCAACAAGGCAGAGGGAGAGACAGCCGAGUUCCACUGCAAGGCCUCGGGUAAGCCUCCCCCAAAGCAGUACUGGAUCUACAACGGCAUGCCCAUCACUGAGUCGCCGCUCAACGAACGCCGCAUCGUGGAACCAGAGAGGAUCAUCAUCUACAACCUGACCAAAGCAGACACUGGCAACUACGGCUGUAACGCCACCAAUGAGCACGGUUAUGUCUACAAGGAUGUCUACGUCAAUGUUCUGGCUCUACCCCCAGAAAUCCGGUUACCCCCAAGUGAUGUUCUGUCAGUGGAUGGGCAGCAGGUGAACAUGACCUGCCGAGUGUUUGGCGCCCCCAAGCCCCGCAUCACUUGGAUCAGAGACAACUUAGAGUUGACUGGAGGCCGGUUUCAAGUUACGAGUGAAGGAGACCUGGUUAUAGACGAUGUGUCCUUCACGGAUGCUGGGAGGUAUACCUGCUAUGCAGAGAAUAAGUUUGGAAAACAGCAAGCAGAUGGUUCGCUGAUUGUUAAGGAGAGAACAAAGAUCACUGAUGCACCGCAGGACUAUGAGGUAGCAGCCGGGCAAACUGCCACCUUCAGGUGUAAUGCUGUGACUGACAAUGACUUGGAUUUGAGCAUUCAGUGGCUGACUGAUGGCAAGCUCAUUGACUUUGAGCAGGAACCUCGAUUCGUGCAGCAGUCUGACUUCUCACUGAGCAUCACCAAAACAACAGAACUUGACUCUGGGAAGUACACGUGUGUGGCGUCCACUGAUCUGGAUGAAGUCUCUUCCACGGCCACACUCAUUGUUCAAGAUGUGCCUAACCCACCCCAGCUCCUGAAGGUGACCUGCAACAUUAGAGAUGCCAGUGUUGAAUGGCAGCCAAUGGGUGACAAUCGUGCUCCUAUCCUGGGCUACAUCAUCCAGUACAACACCAGUUUCACGCCAGAUACAUGGGAAAGUGCCUUUGACUCCGUCCCAGCCACCAGCACAGAGUUUACUAUCAACCUAAGCCCUUGGGCAAACUAUACAUUCCGGGUAAUUGCCCGCAACAAGAUCGGUCCCUCCCGCCCCUCCGACCACUCUGACAUGUGUACAACUUUGCAUGAUGUUCCUUACAAGAAUCCAGAUGGUGUGGAGGGCAAGGGGUCAGACCCUACCAACCUGGUCAUCAAGUGGUCGCCAAUGCCAGAAAUUGAGCACAAUGGCCCAGGCUUCAAGUAUCGCGUGUACUGGAAACGAGAAGAUGCAGACAAUGCAAGAUGGAAGACGGAGGAUGUUGUGGACUGGGAGCAGGAUCACUUCGUGGUUCCUAAUCAGCCAACCUUCAAGCCCUACAGACUCAAGGUGGAGGCUCACAACGACCGAGGAGAGGCAAAUGUUGCUGCUCCUGAAAUCCAAGGCUGGUCAGGGGAAGCAGUGCCAACCCAGGCACCACUUAACCUGACGCUGCUGGAGCUGAAGGACGCCACCACUGCCCUGCUGUCCUGGGAGCCCGUCUCCAACGACUCCAUUAAUGGCCACUUCAAGGGAUACAAGAUCCAGACAUGGACUGAAAAGGAAAGCGUUGAGAAGGCUCGAGACAUCAUUGUGGAAAAUAACUACGAGCCCACGGCCCUUGUCACCUCGUUUGUGCCCUACUCAAAGAACUUUGUGCGUGUCUUGGUGUUCAAUGGGGCAUACGAUGGACCACCUAGCCAAGAGAUCAACUUUGUCACUCCUGAAGGAAAGCCAGGCCCUGUGGACUCCUUAGAUGCCAUCCCACUGGGUUCAUCAGCAUUCUAUCUCAUUUGGAAGAAACCCAAGCAGCCCAAUGGUAUCUUGACGGGUUACCAUAUCUACUAUCAAGAAGUGGAUGGCACCCAAACUGGCCCCGUCUCUGAGCGUGACCCCCCGAUCCUUGACCCUACAGUGACCAGGGCCAAGCUCGCCUCCCUCAAGCCUGGUACCAAGUAUCGUAUCAUCAUCAAGGCGAGCACAGCAAUGGGUCAAGGCUCUGGAUACUUUAUUGAGAGAAUGACGAGGAGCAACGGUGCCACACCUCCUGGCAAGCCUGGCCUCAUCUGGCAGCAUGAAAGGGCCAAGCAAGGGGAGUCGGACAUCAAAGUCACCUGGAUUCCCAACACAGAGAGUAAUCCUGGAUCACACUUCUUCAUCAAGUACAGGUUGUAUGGGGAGAGCAUUGUCACCACCACCAAGCCAGAGCUCUAUGAGGACUUUAUCACGCUGAAGGGCCUGGAACUGGACAAGGUCUACCAAGUGUCUGUGGUGGCUGUGGAUGGAAUGUUUUCUACUGAGUCUGAUGUGGAAGAGAUAGAGACCCAUAGCACUGGUAUUACUUCAGGAGUAUUCAUUCGAGAGACAGACAACAUUGCUACUCGUGGCUGGUUUAUUGGCAUGAUGCUAGCCAUUGCCUUCCUCCUCCUGAUUCUCAUCAUCGUCUGCAUUGUCAAACGCAACCGUGGAGGGAAGUAUGCCGUCCAUGAACGAGAAGCAGCUCACGGCCGCACAGACUUCAAUGAGGAGCAAGGUUUUCCAGAGUUUGCACAGCCACUUGAUGGGGCUAAAAGAGAUAGUCUAGGCAGUGAUGUGAAAAACCCAAUAGAAUCAGACACAGAUUCAAUGGCUGAGUAUGGUGAUGGGGACACCGGAAGGUUCACAGAGGAUGGCUCAUUUAUUGGGCAGUACGGAAAAGCCGCGGGCAGGAGGAGGCCAGCACCCGAGGACAAGUCACCAUCAGCAGUGGCUACGUUUGUCUAGAGACCAACAUGGCCCUGUGGCCUCCAUCUAUCUUCUACCAAGGCCAUGUACCUGCCACCACCUACCUUCCAGUGGUCCCUUUUCUGGGUUUUUUAUUUUGAUAUAUCAUCGUGCCAGUUUUACAGUAGCUGGCAUAUCAUUGCUAAAAACAUUAAUUUUAUUUUAUUUAUUGUCUCAUUAUAUUUGUUUCUAUUGUGCCAGAUGAAUCUGAGGAACAGUAAAUGGGGAGUUUUGAAUUUUUGAAGAAAAAAAAAUCCUCAUCAGGAUGCCAUGCAACUAAUCAAAGUUAUUUGACAACUUUAUUCAUUAAAGCUGAAAUUGUAUAGUAAUUAUUAAUGCUGCCAGUGAAAACCAAAUUUAAAAUAUUGGCCAUGGCAAGAGCUAGAAUCUCUUAGGUGAUAUAUACUGUAUAUGAUACAAAGUUCCAUCCAUAUUAGUUUGUGUAGUGAUCAUUUACCUCAGAAGUCUCUUAAGAAUAGUCAGAUAUUCCAUGGCCUUUUAAUGUAAGGUCAUGAAGCCCAAGACAGUAGACUUUUGAGUAUCUACCUUGAAUUAUGUUAGACUUCAUUGUGUCAACGGUGAUGUUACAGAUGUAAUACAAAACAUGAUGUUUCCUUAAUGGAUGGCAAUGUCAAGUAUGGCAGUGCAGUUAACAACUUACUUAAGAUUCGUUAUCAUUCCUCAUUUGUAAAUUUAUUUUGUACUGUCACAGAAUGGGCAGAGGGACCUAGGAAGUUAUUACUCAUGCUAAGUGAAUGUCUAUUACCAUUUAGUCAUGUUAAGUGCACCAACAUUGAAUAUAUAUAUAUAUAUAUAUAUAUAUAUAUAUAUAUAUAUAUAUAUAUAUAUAUAUAUAUAUAUAUAUAUAUAUAUAUAUAUAUAUAUAUAUAUAUAUAUAUAUAUAUCACACACACACACACACACACACACACACUUUAUUUGCAUUUUUAACUGAUACUGUAGAGGAAGAUAAUUGAAAGUCUACUGUAUGUCAGAUUUAGUGUAUGUAAGGUGUUGAAUUGAUAGCUUAAAAAAAAGCAGAGUAAUGUUUUUAUGGUAACAUGUCUUUGCCAUGCUAAAAUGGUAGCCGUUCUAAUUCCUCUAUAUGUAUUAUUCAACAUUGCAGAAAAAAAGAUUAAAGUUCUAUACAGUUUGCUAAGCUUGGGUGAUUUAAAUUGGUUGAAAUUUUGCCACUUUUGUUGGGCAGAUCUCUAUAUGCUUGAAAAUAUAAAGAAAGCAACAAAAAAAGUGGAGCAUGGCACUGCAGCUCAGUGUGUUGAGAAAGGACUCUUGAAGAGCUGUGGUGGGCUGUGCCUCACCCAAAGUGGAAUACUGCAAUCCACCACCGCCACAUCAUGCGUGUGCAAUGAUAGAAUGGAAUCUCAUUUGUAUAGAAUCCCAGUGAAUGUGCCCCACAUUGUAUAGCACUAUUGCUAAUUAUAUAGCUGAUAAGAUUAUUCCUUUCAAGGAGAAGUGUAAACAUUUCUGUAUAGCCAUCAGGCAUUGCUGUAAGUGUUGCAGGUAAGAUGUAAAUGUGCCUCUUGUCAGCUUUUUGAAUCACAGUUGAGCAUUGUUAGUAUUUCUUUCUUAGUAGAAUGACAAAUGAGUAAGGUUGAUUAUAUAUUGGUGGUAUGAAUGAAAAUAUAUUUGUUAUCUUCUACUUUUUUUUAAGGUAACCGAAUAAUUACAUAUUGAGCAUUAGGCUCAUAAACUAUAUGAUUAUACUGUUGUGACAUGUGCAAAUCUAAUUUCUAAAAUGUAGAAAUUAUUUUGCAUAUUCUGUUCUGAAAUAGACUUUACAUUGAUUUGCAUAAGUCUCAAUUUCUGCACAAACUUUGGUAGCAUCUGAUAAGGGGGAAGGUAUAUGUAGUCUCAUGCUGUUCAACAACCAUACAAUUGAUCUCUGGUUUGUGCAUUAGGUGACGGAGCACUGCUCACUCUUCUGAUCUGAAGAUAGGACUUGCGUCCAAGAAAACUCCUGUGCCACAGUCAAUUUUACUUACACUGUGACAAGCACCGAGUGUCAAACUGCAAGAAACAUUGCCAACACUGUGUGAAUGUUUGUUAUUUUUAUACAGUUUUUUUCAUGUUCCAAUUAUUUUUAUUUGAUGCAAUAUCAGGAAAUAAAUAAAUAGGUUGUGAAGAGAAUGACAUAAAUGCAUAGUAAAGAUGCAUUAGAAGUGUUAGAUAAUACCCAUUUAAACUUGAGAAAGUGCCUAUUUUUCAGUAUUUAUAGCCCAAAAGAGAUAUUUAAGUAAUAUUUUAUCAAAAUCCAUUUUUUAAGUUUGGCUUACACAGUACAUCACUGCACUAUACAUUUAAGAAGACUGACUUUUUAAAGAAUCCUUUAAUUUUUUUUCUGAGUAUAGUAGUAUUUUCUGAGGACCUGACCUGAUCUGUAAAGUUUCAAUUUGUUCAGUGAUGGUGUGAAAGUGAAAAAGAUGCCUUUUUUCAUGUGAGGCACUUAUCAAAAACUAGUAAUGGACAUUUUUACCAUUUCAAAAAACUCUGCGAGCAAGAAAUUUGUCCUUAGUGUUUCUUCCUGCAUAAUUUUCCUGGUCAAUCUGUGUCUUUGAAACAUAAAAUAUCAUGUGAAUAUUAAGGGAUGAAAGGGUAUGUGGCUAAUGAACCUCUUGCUCAUGAAAUGUGAAUAGUAAAAUGAAGCAUUCAACACUUUUUGAUCAAGUACCUCACACAUACACACCCACACAUAUAUAUAUAUUAUAUAUAUAUAUAUAUAUAUAUAUAUAUAUAUAUAUAUAUAUAUAUAUAUAUAUAUAUAUAUAUAUAUAUAUAUAUAUAUAUAUAUAUAUAUAUAUCAACACCUUGAAAAAAACACCCACUUAUGAAUGUACCUAUGUUGUCAUCUGAACUGUUUAUAUAUGGAUUUGAGAAUCUCAUAAUCUAAGAGUUUUCAUAUGGAGGGGUAAAGUGAUGGUUUUAAGUUAUAUAAUAGUUGUUGAACUGAGUUCAAAUUAUUCAUAUAUUAGCAACAUUUAUAUACUAUGUGAGCCACAGCUGAAAUCCUGCAGAUUAUUGUACAUCACUUUUCCUUUACAGUAUUUACAAUGUAUGCUGUAUUUAGGAUGGUCCUACAUUCUUAUCAUCUACCUUGCUGAUAUGUAAAGCUUGUGAAUGGAAGUAACAGAAAAAAAAUAAAAACUUGUAAAAAUGAA